GGCGAUGCGGAAGGGUGUCCCACCCCCUUUGUUCGGCGUUGAUGAGGUUGGCGCUGACGCCGAGCCGUGAAAGAAGGGAAGUUACUGUCUUAUUUAAAAGAGCAGCACUGGAGCCGGCGAUCUACUGCAGAGGUUGAACCCAGGUUGUAGGCUAGAUUGUCCUGCUCACACAGAGAGAGCACCCACAUUUGCACACGGCAGACGAAGGACUUAACUCAAUUGCCAGAACCCGUAUUAUGAUCAUUUGGCGAUUCAUUUCUGAACUUUCUAUGGAACAACGGCAGAGCCAAACUGUAACUAAACAGAGCUACAACGAGCGGGAUACUUUUAGAGAAAACUGUUCGGCGUUCUUGUAACUGCCCUGGCACACUACAUCUGACUAAAGGCACGGGCAGAGUCCAUUUAUCUUGUUCAUCGCUCUUGCCAUCUCCUGCAAGACACAUCAGGAUUUCAUCACUUUGCUGCUAAUCGUAACUUUGCUGAAAAUGGUUGGGUUCAAGCCUACAGACAUUCCUCCUACAGCCACAGUGAAAUUUCUCAGUGCUGGAACUGCAGCCUGCAUUGCUGACUUAUUUACCUUCCCGCUGGACACUGCAAAAGUCAGAUUACAGAUUCAAGGGGAAUCAAUGUCUGCUGCAGAGACGAGUACCUUCAGAUAUAGGGGUGUCUUUGGCACCAUGGCCACAAUGGUCAGGAAUGAGGGACCAAGAAGCCUCUACAGUGGGCUGGUGGCUGGUCUUCAACGUCAGAUGAGUUUUGCUUCUGUGCGCAUUGGACUCUAUGAUUCUGUAAAACAGUUCUACACCAAAGGAUCUGAACAUGUUGGCAUUGGGAGCCGCCUGCUCGCUGGCUGCACUACAGGAGCCAUGGCUGUGGCGUUUGCCCAGCCGACUGAUGUGGUGAAAGUGAGGUUUCAAGCACAAGCAAGUAUAUCUGGUCCAAACAGACGAUACAAUGGAACCAUUGAAGCCUACAAAACCAUCGCCAAAGAGGAAGGAAUUCGGGGGCUAUGGAAAGGUACUCUACCAAAUAUUGCCCGUAAUGCCAUUGUGAACUGCACAGAACUUGUGACCUACGAUCUGAUCAAGGAUCUGUUGAUAAAGAAGGGUCUCUUGACUGAUAACCUUCCAUGUCACUUCUCUUCCGCUAUUGGUGCUGGAUUCUGCACAACUCUUAUUGCUUCACCUGUUGAUGUAGUGAAGACAAGAUACAUGAACUCUGCCCCUGGCCAGUACAACAGUGCCUUAAACUGUGCAGUUACCAUGUUUACUAAAGAAGGUUUCACAGCUUUCUAUAAAGGAUUUAUGCCAUCAUUUCUACGCCUGGGUUCAUGGAACAUAGUGAUGUUUAUUACCUAUGAACAGCUGAAACGAGCUAUGAUGGUUGCCACACUUUCUAGAGAAUCUUCUCUGUAAACAAAGAUGCAUAGUCUUUGCUUGAAAUAAUUUUUAAAUCUAACAUUCUGUGCUAUUUAUUUUUUUCUUUGGAUUUUCCAUGUUGUAAAGCAUUGUGUAUCUCAUUGGCUUAGGGAGCUAUUUAAAGCUGGCUUUACAAAGGACCAUGUACACUAUGGAAUUAUCUCAACUGUUAUUUAUCUCCCCCACUACUAACUAAGAAAUGUUGAUUUGUUGCAUUAUAUAUAACCUGGGUAGAUUGGAAGAAAUUAAUUUUAUUAAUGAACUACUUUUUAUUAAAAAUCCUAUAGCAAUAGGAAAAUUUGGUUUAAAAAGUAUUAAGUACAAGAUUUGGAAUGCAUUCUGCAAUGGUAGUCUGGGGUUUUAUUAAAUGAAUGCCUUUUUUACAAAAUUAGAUCUCUGAAUUUCCAUUCAUUCAAUAAAGCUGAUUCUCACAUUUAAAUUGUGUUUUUAAAAUGGA